AUGACGGUUGCACCAGGUGACCCGGGGGAUGACGCAUUCGAACUGGAACCGGACCACGAGUGCUGUGAGCGUGUAGUCAUCAACAUCUCCGGGCUUCGCUUCGAGACUCAGCGGAAGACCCUCUCCCAGUUCCCUGAGACCCUGCUGGGGGACCCCAAGAAGAGGAUGAGGUACUUUGAUCCUUUGAGGAACGAGUAUUUCUUCGACAGGAACCGGCCCAGUUUUGACGCCAUCCUCUACUACUACCAGUCAGGAGGGAGACUGCGUCGGCCGGUUAAUGUCACUCUAGACAUCUUCUCUGAGGAGAUCCGCUUCUAUGAGCUGGGAGAGGAGGCCAUGGAGAUCUUCAGAGAGGAUGAGGGCUUCAUUAAGGAAGAAGAGCGUCCUCUCCCGGAGAAUGAGUUUCAGAGACAGGUGUGGCUGCUGUUCGAGUAUCCUGAGAGUUCCGGCGCGGCCCGUAUCAUCGCCAUCAUCAGUGUCAUGGUGAUCCUGAUCUCUAUCGUGUCCUUCUGCCUGGAGACACUCCCAGUGUUCCGGAACGACCAUGAAGACAACAAUGUGUUCCAGCCCUUCAACAACUCCACCUCUUCCUACACGUCUUCCUACUUCACUGAUCCCUUCUUCAUCCUGGAGACGCUCUGCAUCAUCUGGUUCUCCUUUGAGUUUCUCGUCCGCUUCUUCGCGUGUCCUAGUAAAGCCGGGUUCUUCGGUAACAUUAUGAAUAUCAUCGAUAUUGUGGCGAUUAUUCCAUAUUUCAUCACGUUGGGCACAGAGCUGGCAGAGAAACCUGAGGACGGGCAGGCUGGGCAGCAGGCCAUGUCCCUCGCCAUCCUCAGGGUCAUCCGUCUAGUCAGGGUAUUCAGGAUCUUCAAGCUGUCCAGACACUCCAAGGGGCUCCAGAUCCUGGGCCAGACCCUGAAGGCCAGCAUGCGGGAGCUUGGCCUUCUCAUCUUCUUCCUCUUCAUUGGAGUCAUCCUCUUCUCCAGUGCUGUUUACUUCGCAGAGGCCGACGAGGCGGACUCCCAGUUCAGUAGCAUUCCAGAAGCCUUCUGGUGGGCCGUGGUUUCCAUGACCACCGUGGGCUACGGCGACAUGGUGCCCACCACCAUCGGCGGGAAAAUCGUUGGAUCGCUCUGCGCCAUCGCCGGCGUGCUGACCAUUGCGUUACCAGUUCCUGUCAUCGUGUCCAACUUCAACUACUUCUACCACCGGGAGACAGAGGGCGAGGAGCAGGCGCAGUACCUGAACACACCCAGUGUGCCCAAGGCCGACUCAGCCGAGGACCUGAAGAAGAGCUGCCGCAGCGGGAGUGGUUCCACCCUCAGUAAGUCAGACUACAUGGAGAUACAGGAAGCUGCACUGAACCACAGCACAGAAGACUUCAGAGCAGAGAGACUCAAGACAGGCAACUGCACCCUGUUGGCUAAUGCUAACACCUUGACUACUGCUAACACGCCAGGUAAUGCUAACACCUUGACUAAUGCUAACACUCCAGGUAAUGCUAACACCUUGGCUAAUGCUAACAUGCCAGGUAAUGCUAACACAUUGGCUAAUGCACUAUCUAACACUAACACGCUGGCUAACACAAACUAUGUCAACAUCACCAAGAUAAGAACGGACGUAUAGCUGGAUUCAGACGGUAUAACACCAACUUCCUGGCCUGUCGGGGUUGACAGGGAACUGGAAGGAAAUAGUAGAGGAGGGUGGAGGACUGAGUAAAGACCCUUCCUCUCUCUGAUGUUGUAAAAGGCUUGGAGCCCCUACUGGAGCUGUCCAGACUAGAUCACUGAAACUCUGAUAGAGGCCCUGCAAGGUGGACCUUAGCCCCUAUCUUACCCCCCCAAACUGACCAGUUCCUAACUCAAGCCCCCCUCACCCAUCCACCUCUGUUAAGAGGUGAAUCUUCCCUGUGUUCAGUGUCUGCAUGGCAUUAGUCUGGUCAGUGUGACUGUUAAACUGUUCAGUCGUCAUCUGUAUACACUGCUCCCUACAGUAGCCCAAUAGUAGGCGAACUGCCGGCUGAUACUAGACCUAAAAACUCUCAGACACCAUAGAGGGACCACUCUGCUCAUAUUGCCAAAAUCCCGUCAGCAGAGAUCUAGGAUCAGUUUUCCCUGAACAAGUCCUAGCCGUAACCAAUAGGAGAUAUACUGCAAAACUGACCUUAGAUCAGCGUCUCAUCAUCUUCUAAUUACUUAGCUCUAACUGCCAGCCGAUAGGAGCUUAUUGACCCCACCUCUCCCCCAUACGGCCUGAUACUCUCUCCCACCUCAUACCCCCUGAUACUCUCUCCCACCCCAU